AUGCGUGGCUUGUUCACGACUCAGAGUCAGAACUGCUACCGGGAGCAGAUUCAGAAGGAGAUGAUGACUCGUUUGUCCUGGACGAGCCGCUACGCCACCAGCCACACGUCCGGCUGCAGAGUCAACAACCAGCCGAGCACCGAGGCCCCACAGCGGCCUGCAGCGUCUGCCCGGCCCCGGGCUGCCCUGCCUCCUGUUCCCAGUGCACCCAAGAAGAGGCAGAGCGACCUUCCUCCUCCUUCUCCUCCUCCUCCUCCUCCUCCUGUGGACGGUUGGCUCAGUGUGGCUCCUGCCAUGAGGCCGGUUUCUCCACGGAGCUCAAAGGCUCUUUAUCAGGACUCUUCUCAUAACGGGAAAGGUCGGCGCCUGUACCUGCAGAGACGAGGCCGGAUCCCACCUGAGGAGAAGUUUGAGUUCCCUCUGCUCUCGUCCUGGGAGUACGGAUGGAGGCUGGGUGACUUCACGCUGGACUACAGGACCCCCUGCAGAGCCAGGUCGUCGGUGGUGAGGAACACCUUCUUCUCCAGGAACGGUGUGUUCAGCAGCUCGUCAGCCACCGACACGCUGGGCUCAGCCUCAGCCACUAGGGGUCGCUGCUGAGUCCCAGUUCACAGCAGCUACUUGAUUUCUUUGAAUCACUAAAGUUCAUUUUACGAUCAUUGUCAAUGAUAGAAAAAUAAACUUGUCUUUUCUCAUUGUUACAACAAAGUCUGGUGUAUCUCCUGGUAAUUUUCUAUCAAAUUUACAACAAUUUUGUUUUUGUAGUUUUACCCGAUUCUUUAGGUUUUACCUG